AUGGGGGAGCCGGGGAGCAGCCCGGUGCCCACCUACGGCUGGGACGAGAUCCGGAAACACUGCCUGCCCACCGACAAGUGGCUGGUGAUAGAACGGAGAGUCUAUGACAUCAGCCGGUGGGCUGACGGGCACCCGGGCGGCAGCCGGCUCAUCAGCCACCACGCUGGAGAAGAUGCCACGGAGCAGCUGAUUAAGGACUUCCGUGCCCUGCGCAGGGCUGCUAAAGACAUGAAGCUGUUUGAGGCUGACCCUAAGUUCUUCUCCCUGGUGGUGGGCCACAUCCUGCUCAUGGAGGGGCUUGCCUGGCUGGUGGUCUACUUCCUGGGCACUGGCUGGGUCCCCACCAUCCUCGCUGCUGUGGUCCUGGCCAUCUCCCAGGCUCAGAGCUGGUGUCUGCAGCAUGACCUUGGACAUGUCUCGGUCUUCAAGAAGUCCAGGUGGAACUAUGUGGCCCAGCAGUUUGUGAUGGGACAGCUGAAGGGCUUCUCAGCCCACUGGUGGAACUUCCGUCACUUCCAGCACCACGCCAAGCCUAAUGUCUUCCACAAGGACCCAGACGUGACGGUGGCCCCCGUUUUUCUCCUGGGAGAGUCAUCGGUGGAGUAUGGCAAGAAGAAGCGGCGGUACCUCCCCUACAACCAUCAACACCAGUAUUUCUUCCUGAUUGGGCCACCCCUCCUCACCCUGGUGAACUUUGAGGUGGAAAACCUGGCAUACAUGCUGGUGUGCAUGAAGUGGGCGGACUUGGUCUGGGCCAUCAGUUUUUACAUCCGUUUCUUCUCCUUCUACGCGCCCUUCUACGGUAUCCCAGGGACCCUGCUCCUCUUCGCCUCUGUCAGGGUCCUGGAGAGUCACUGGUUCGUGUGGGUCACCCAGAUGAAUCACAUUCCCAAAGACAUCGGCAGCGAGAAACACCGAGACUGGGUCAGCGCGCAGCUGGAAGCCACCUGCAACGUGGAGCAGUCCCUCUUUAACGACUGGUUCAGUGGCCACCUCAACUUCCAGAUCGAGCACCACCUCUUCCCCACCAUGCCGCGGCACAAUUACCACAAGGUCGCCCCGCUGGUCAAGUCUCUGUGUGCCAAGCACGGGCUCAGCUACGAGGUGAAGCCUUUCCUGAAGGCCCUGGUGGACAUCGUCAGGUCCCUGAAGAAGUCUGGCGAUGCUUGGCUCGAGGCGUACCUCCAUCAAUGACGCUGCCUAGGCAGUGAGCGGGCCCGGGGAGGUGGGCAUAUCCAGCCCCAUGUGCACACGGAGAGACUGGCCAGCCCCCCUCAGCGUGGCCUGACCCUGAACCCCCUGAGGCACCCCAGCUCUGUCAGGCUCUUGGCAGCUGCUUUGGGGGAGUUGAGGGAGGAGGCUGUGAGCCGGGAAGGCCGUGGCCCGAGUCCUUUGAAGACGGCAUCUCUCAGCCCUGGCAUCGCUGGCGCCCGCUUUUCCCUCAGGGCCAGCCCAGAAAGCUUCCUCCAGACUUGGGUGUCUCCUCUGGGGCCUUCGGUGCCCUGGGCCCACCUGGGUCUUUUCUGGCCCUGAAGCCGCAGGCCCCGCCUGGAGGGAUCCCAGGGCUCGUGCCAGGCUCAGGGCCAGUCCGUGGGAGCACCCGCGGCAGAGACCUUCUCUGAUCUGCUCUCUGCUUCUCCCUUCGACUCCUGCCAGCCUCGGGCCCCUGCACUGUAGCUUCGUGAUUAAAAACACACCCAGAAACUGGA